ACUUCCCUCUCGCUCUAUCUCCAUCUUCACUAGACGUUAGGGUUUCAAGCCCCUCACUAUUUUGGAGAAGCUGGUAUUCGAUCUAGGGUUUUGAUCGGCAAUUGGACUGAUAGGGGAAGCAGGGCGCGUGAUUUAGGGUUAUUAAUUGGAAGAAAGGUGAGGUCUUUGGUGUUUUAAGGAUGAGCUUCGUGAACCCUAGUGGAGCGUUGUUGGCGGCGAGCGGUGGAGACACCGUGAAGCUCUUCGAUGUUACCGUAGACCUCGGCGAUCCCUGCGUUCUCAGCUACUCCCCUUCCCCCGGAUCCCAUGUCAAUUCGAUCAAAUGGAACCACACUAACCUGGUGGUUGCUAGUGCGGGAGAAGAUAAAAAGAUCUCAUUGUGGCAUAAAAAUGGUCAAUCUUUGGGGACAAUACCAAUGCCUGGGAAUGAUGCAAGUGAUGACAUACAGGAAUCUAUACUUUCUGUUAGCUUCAGCAAUAAAGGUUCAAGGUAUAUUUGCUCUGGUGGAACCAGUCAUAUGAUCAGAAUAUGGGAUUUGCAAAGGAAGCGAUGCAUCAAAUGGUUGACUGGUCAUAGUGAUACAAUUACUGGGGUCAUGUACAAUUGUAAAGAUGAGCAUUUAGCCUCUAUUAGUAUGAAGGGGGAUCUUAUUAUCCAUAAUCUUGCUUCUGGUGGGCGAGCUGCUGAAUUCAAGGACCCAAAUGGGCAGGUUUUGAGAGUGCUGGAUUAUUCACGGCUUAGUAGGCAUAUUUUGGUGACAGCGGGUGAUGAUGGAUCAAUACAUUUGUGGGAGACAACUGGCCGUAGUCCUAAGGUUUCUUGGCUAAAACAACAUUCUGCACCAACGACUGGAGUUUGUUUCUCACCAUCAAGCGACAAGAUAAUUGCAAGUGCUGGUCUGGAUAAAAAAUUAUAUAUAUUUGAUUCUGGUACAAGAAGACCCACGUUUUUUGCUCCUUAUGAGACACCGUUCUCUUCACUGGCAUAUAGUGAUGAUGGUAACAUACUAGCUGCUGGGACAAACAGCGGAAAUGUGGUAUUCUAUGAUGUUCGGGGAAAACCUCAACCUUUCACAUUGCUUCGGGCCUAUAAUAAUUCUGAGGCGGUUACAAGUUUAUCCUGGCAAAGAUCAAAACCUGUUGUUGUAAAUGAGAAAAAUCUUACCUUCGAAGGUGCUCUGCUAGGAGGUAUCAGUGAAGAUUCUGUCCUUAUGCCAGAUCCUUUACCUUCAGUGGCAGCAUCAAAUGUUCCUUUAGAGACGGCACUGCAUUCAUCCUAUUCUCUACCUACUACUUUCAGUGGUUCAUCCCUGGAAACUCCUCUUAGGAAUCGCUUGUUCCCAGGUGGAUCUUUAUCAAAGUUACAAGCUCCUCGCACCAACUAUAGCAUCAAGGAUGAUAUGGAUGUCUUUUCUCCACUCGCUGAUGUUCAACCAAUCACCCCUUCCAUUGGGAGUCAGUUUGAUGACCAUGAUGAAGCAAGAAAGGAUAGUGCAACAGUCAAUAAAAGGUCUGCACUCUAUGCCGCCUCUGUCAGGAGAUAUGUUGAAGGCAAUAUGGAUCCACAUCCAAUUUCAGAUUGGACGUCAAAUUUAACAUCUCGACAGGAAGACUCGUCGAAUGCUCCAUCAAUGUCUGCUACACCUACUGCAUCUCUGAAGAGUGAUUCAUCACUCUCCCUAACCCCUCCGGAGGCUUGGGGAGGAAAUGCUUUGGUUGACAAGUUAGCCCAUCGCCGUCAGCUAGCCCCUGCGGUUUCACGCAUCCUGCCUUCACUCUCACUAGCACCAUCUGGAUCUAUAUAUUCAGGCAUACAAGAGUCAUCUUCUUUUUCCAGUCACUCUCUUAAGAACCCUUCAUCAAAUCCUAGCACCAGUUCCAUGACACUACCAAGUAUAGCAACCCUGAAAAAUGAAGCACUUUCAGAAUCUUCGUCUGUUUACAAUCCUAGUUCUGCUUCCACUUCCUUUGCGGCCAAAACAAUUGUGUCAUCUGCCAAUAUUGAGUUGCCAGGGUUAGUGCCACCGACUCAUCAAAGGAGAUAUUCCACUUAUGCUGAGAGGAUGGCUGUCACUUCCUCUCUCGCUGAUGUAUCAUCCUCAACAAUAAGUUCUCCAAAAUCAAAGAAAACAGGAGAUGAAACUAGAGAAGACCUUUUAGGCAGCCGAUUUGCUAGACAAGACCUUCCAUCAAUGACAGUGAUGGGGAUUCUUCCAGUUACCAAUGGGGUUUCAUCUCAGCCUCAUCCUGGUCAGGUUGAUCAACAGCAGGGAACUUCAUCAUUUUCGCUUCAGUUAGUUCAACGCACACUCGAAGAGACUUUAGGAUCUGUGCAAAAGUCAAUACAUGAAGACGUGAGGAAUCUUCAUAUCGAGUUGCUAAGGCAGUUCCACAUGCAGGAGAUGGAAAUGCACAACUUGCUUGCGCCGGUUUUAGAAAAACUGGAGGAUUUGUCAAAGGAAGUGCAGUUGCUACGGAGAGAAAACCAGCAACUUCGGCAAUUACUUUAGCUCAAGAAUGUUGUUUUAUGAGUUCUGGAUUUAUGUUCAGGGUUUGACAUAAGGGAUUGUGAGGGGGGUAGGGUUUCCUUUUUUGGUCUCGAGUUACAGAAGAGGUUUCUUUGUCUCCAUGUUGUUGUGUGUGUAUAUAUGAUUCUUGUACAUGUAUUUGAGUCUCUCCAGUGAACUCUAGAUUGGAAGUCUCACCUGCAUGCGCCUUCUGUAUUGAGAUUUUUGAAGGAAAAUUCUGAAAUUGUACGGAUGCACCCAAGAUUUGAUUCA